AUGUGUGAGUUCUUUAGUUCAGCAGACAUAGAACACCAGGUCUCCUGCGUUGAGACCCCUGAGCAGAAUGGAAGAGUAGAAAGGAAACAUCAGCACAUUCUCAAUAUUGCUAGAUGUUUAAAAUUUCAGUCUGGUUUACCUUUAGUCUAUUGGAGUGACUUCAUCCUACAUUAUGUUUACUUAAUCAACAGAAUGCCUACUCCUAUUCUCCACAACAAAACUCCCUAUGAGGUAUUACACAAGAAACCCCCAUUUCUGGGCCAUUUGAAGGUAUUUGGCUGCCUCUGCUAUGCCAAUACCUUGGUCCAUGGUAGAACAAAAUUUGCUCCUCGAGCUAGACAGUGUGUACUUUUAGGGAUUCCUUCAGGCCUAAAAGGUUACAAAGUCCUUGAUAAACAUACCAAGCAAGUCUUUUUCUCCAGAAAUGUUUCAUUCUAUGAAACAAUACUUCCCUUCAAAUCAUCUGAUUCAACUUCUUCUUCUCCUACUUCUAAUACCCCUGAUCCAGUCUCAGCUCCAUCUCUAAACAUUCCCUUUUCCUUUACUCCUGCUCAAACUGCUCCACGGUCUCAUUCAUCUACAGAUGAUGGGGGGAAUCCUGAGCAGGAGAUCUCAUCUACUUCAAGAACAACACCAAGUAGUGAACACUAUACCUUCUUUGAUUCAGAUCAACAGGAACUGUAUCCUCAAACUGAUGCUGACCCUGAUCCCAGCACACAGGAUAAUAGAAGGCCCUCAAGACACAUAAGACUGCCAACCAAAUAUGGUGAUUAUGAAUUGGACUCUUCUCUCAAAUUUGGAGCAUUUGGUGGUACAAACUCUUGCACCAGGUACCCAAUCUGUCUGAAUGUUGAUUCCCUAAGCAAACAAGACAGAUGUUUUGCACUGAGUGUUCUAAACCUAGUGGAGCCUAAGUCUUAUUAUGAGGCAGUAAAAUCAUAUGUGUGGAACAGGGCUAUGAAGGAUGAGAUGCAUGCCUUAGAAGAGAACCAAACAUGGGACAUAGUUCCAUUACCACCUGGAGUGAAGGAAAUAGGGAAUAAAUGGGUCUAUAAGAUCAAAAUCCAUCGGGAUGGAUCACUGGAAAGGAGUAAAGCAAGACUAGUUGCUAAGGGUUAUACACAGGUAUAUGGGAUUGAUUUCCUAGACACAUAUUCACCUGUGGCUAAGAUCAACACUGUGAAGACAUUCUUAGCAGUUGCAAGUGUAAAACACUGGGUUCUAGAGCAGUUGGAUGUUUCCAAUGAUUUUCUACAUGGAGAUUUAGAGGAAGUGGUUUACAUGAAGCUACCCCUGGGUUUGGAAGUACCUUCUGGAAGUGGACAGAAAAUGACUUGUAGACUGAAAAAGUCACUAUAUGGCCUUAAGCAGGCAUCAAGGCAAUGGUUUGCAAAAUUGACAAGUUUUCUCUUGAAGUUUGGUUUUUCUCAAUCUGCUUCUGACUAUUCUCUUUUUACCAAGUGGACACAUGGUAAGAUUACAGUUUUAUUGGUGUAUGUUGAUGAUAUCAUAGUGGGAGGUGAUUCAAGGAAGGACAUUGAACAAGUGAAGACAGCACUGAGUAAGGAGUUUAAAAUCAAACUCCUUGGACCUUUGAAGUACUUCUUGGGACUGGAAGUGAACAGAAAUGAAAAUGGACUGGAUGUGUGUCAGAGAAAGUACUGCAUUGACUUAUUGAAAGACACAGGAUAUCUGGAAUCUAAGGGAUGCAAAACUCCAAUAGAUACCAAGGUAAAGUUGACAUCUCAGGGCACUUUACUGGAGAAUGCAGAAAGUUACAGAAGAUUAGUGGGAAGGCUGCAUUAUCUAACUAUAACCAGACCUGACAUAGCCUUUGCUGUCCAGCAGCUAUGUCAGUACCAAAAGUCUCCUUGCUCAGAGCAUAUUGAGGCUGCUUGCAGGGUCCUCAGAUACUUGAAAUCAUCUCCUGACCAGGGUAUUCAUUUUGGCAAUCAAGCUGAGUUGAAGUUGACAGAAUAUAGUGACUCAGAUUGGGCAAGCUGCCCAGACACCAGAAGAUCCAUCACUGGAUAUUGUACUAUGCUUGGUUCUUCCUUGAUAACCUGGAAGACAAAGAAGCAAACAACUGUAUCAAGGUCCUCUUCUGAGGCAGAGUACAGAGCACUGGCUCAUCUUGUCUGUGAAGUGGAAUGGCUGAAGAGAUUGUUGACUGAGUUAACAGUGGAAGUUCCUCUACCUAUAACAGUGUACUGUGACAACAGAUCUGCUAUACACAUAGCAGAAAAUCCCAUUUUCCAUGAGAGAACGAAGCACAUUGAAAUUGACAUUCAUGUGACAAGGGAGAGGAUCAAGACUGGUUUGAUUGUUUUGAAGUACAUCAACACAGCAGAGCAACUUGCAGAUAUAUUUACAAAAGGUUUGGAUCGAUUCAGGCUAAGAGAAUUGCUUGUCAAGUUGGGGAUCAAGUUGAUACCACCAACUUGA